AUGACAACUUCAUCUUCAAUUACCUAUUCAUAUCUAUCUCAAAAAAUUAUAGAUAGCGAAGCUCCUUCUGAAGUAAUAUUAGAUUCAUUAUCAGCUCAACAAAAAAUAGAAGUUUUAAAAUUAUGUUAUGAUUUACAACAAAAAUUACUUAACAAGUUACUUGAAGAAAAAAGAAUUGAGCAAGCUAUUAUAGAAAUACCUACUAUAGAGCUACCUAAACAAGAUAAACAUCA